AGUAAUAAUUAUAACUACAAAUGGAUGUGAUACUUCUGAUAUUUGUGAUAGUUACUCCGAUAUUCUGAUUCAUUGCAAGCUUGUAUCUAUUUGCAUACUAUUCUCACUCCCAGGAGCAGGAAUUUGCCAAGAAUUGGUUGACAAGGAUCUACACAAUCUUUAUCAUAUUAUUCGGAAUGCUACAGCAGUUCUUUAUAUCUCUUGAUAUUGCCAACAAAAACAGUAAUGGCGAGCUCCCUCUUGAAACUCUAUUUAGUGUGUAUUAUAUCACUCUGGGUGUGUUCUUGUUCAUUAUUCUGCCAUUCUCAACAUUCUAUUAUGAGACAAGCGAGGAAACAUCGGUCUAUUUUAGGAUAAGAAAGGCUUUCUUCAAAUGCUUUCUUUAUUUUAUCCUCAUCACUCUACUCAUAGUGACAACAUAUUUCAUCUUUAAAGUUGACUCUGGGUUCACAUAUUAUGUAAUUGGCUUCUUUAUGAUAGUGGGGUGGUUCUUACUAUUCUUUUCACUCGGUGUUGGAUUUGUAGCUGUUCCUUUUGAUCUUAUUUAUUCGUUUGUAAAAAGACCUCAGCCGAUUCAGAAGGCAGAAUUUGAAACUCGCAAAAAGAUCCUUCUCGAUAAUCUUCUCUUACUCAGAAAAAGAUGUAACGACGCUUUAGAUGAAAGGAUUAAAAUAAAUAAUGAGAAAUAUUUUAAAAGAUGGUGGAAUGAUUCAAGAUUGACUCGUAAAGUUGCCUCAAUUCAUUGCAAAACUCUUAUUCUGGAGAAAGAGUACAUCAGACUGGUUAAAUUAUCUAAAUUUAACAAGUAUAUUGAGCCGAUAUUCUACUAUUUCAAAUUGAUACUUGGAAUUUUAGCAAUUCUUUUCAAUAUUGCAAUUUUCGUUCAAAUCUUGGGUUGACAAAUUUUACAUCCAGAUGAUCAAACUGGAUGCUCGUAUGAUUUCCUCAGCUUACUUAUCAGGAAUCUUAGUGAUGAAACAGUAGGCCUGGGUGCAAUCUCAACUGCAAUCAUUCUAGUAAUCUCGAUUUAUCUUCUUUACUGCGCAUGGUAUGGAAACAAUAAACUUGGAAUUAGAUUUGUGAUUUAUACAUAUGCUCCGAUGUCUCCAAGAGAGACUUUAUACAACAAUAUUUGCUAUAAUGUGUUCUUGCUAAAUCUAUGGUCAGCUGCUAUCACUCAAUUACUGAUCCAGGCUUUCAAGAGAAUCAUCGCGGAAGCUGGCGCAGAGUCAGCAUGGAAUGUUAUAUUUUUCGACAACAUCAAUACUUUCAGAUUCCAUAAUCAAAUGUAUACUUACAGUGUUUUCAUCUAUAUGACACUUGGAGUUUCUUUGCUCUACUUUAUUUACACUAUCAUUUAUCCAGAUGAUGUCAAAUUUGUUUUGAAAAAGAAUGAGAACUAUAUGAAGUCACUUACCAACAGAAGGAACCAAUUUAUUAAGGCAGAAGAGCCCUUGAUCGAGAAUUAAUUUAUGAUGGUGUGAUU